CGAACAGAGAGUGUACAUCGACAAUUUCUCUCGAUUCCCAACGAUGCCACCGUCACAGCUGAAACAGCUUAAAGCCUCUCUUCGGGAUGGCGGGCUGCUGGGUCCUCAGCAGUCUAAAAAGCAAAAGCAGCAGAAUGCAAAGUCCGGCGUCGCUGCUCAGAACCGCAUCCAGCGCAACACCGCCCUGCAGGCGAUUCGCGACAGAUUCAAUCCGUUCGAGAUCAAGACUACUUCGCGACCUAAAUUCGAUGUGACUACCCGCGAUGUGCCCAAGAAGAAUGCCGCGCAGGCAAGACCUGGUGUAACCAAGUCUUUUGGUGAAGAGAAGAGGCGACAAACACUUCUCCAAGAAAUGAACAGAAGGAACAAAGUUGGUGGUAUUCUCGAUCGUCGUUUCGGCGAGGAUGAUCCGACAAUGACGCCGGAAGAGAGAGCGGCCGAGCGAUUCGCCAGACAAAGCCAGAAAAAGCUGAGGAAGGAAUCUAUGUUCAAUCUGGAGGAAGACGAUGAGGAAUUCCAGCUCACUCACAAAGGAGAGACUCUUUCGUUUGGUGAGGGUGUCAAUCUAGAUGAUUUUCAGGAGGGUGACCUUGGCGCGGAGGAAGACGACGAUGACUCGGAUUUCCCCAGGAAGAGAAAGCGGAUGCUGGAAGAUGCCGAUUCUGAUUUGGCGGAUAUAACCUUUGACGACGGGGACGAGGGGGGAGAACAGCCGGAGCGGAAGAAGUCAAAAAGCGAGGUCAUGAAGGAGGUUAUUGCCAAGUCCAAGUUCUAUAAGCUUGAGCGCCAGAAGGCCAAGGAAGAUGAUGACGACCUAAGAGAAGAACUCGACAAAGGACUUCCUGAUCUAUUCGACAUGCUGAGGGGUGUCAAGCCACCGCCCAAGCCAGAACCUCCCAAAGAUGACCUGGCAACAAUGAACCCCGAACGAGUAGCGCUAUUGCAAGGGAAAACCCCCGAUGAUGCCGAAAGAGAGUAUGAUCAGCGUCUCAAGCAAUUGACCUUCGAUAAGCGGUCUGCACCCACGGAUCGCACCAAGACUGCAGAGGAGAAAGCCGAGGAGGAGGCUCAGCGCUUGAAGACUCUCGAAGAGGAGCGCCUUCGACGCAUGCGUGGCGAAGAAUCUAGCGAAUCGGAAGCCGGGGCAGAAAGUGAGGAAGAUGCAGAAGAUGAAGACGGCGUGGAAUCAGAUGACGAUGAGUCUGUAUUCGACGAUGCGAAGGCUUUUGGAUUGCAACAGCCUAUCGAGACGACCGCUCGUCCCGAGCUCGGAGUUGAAGAUGAAGAUGAUUUCAUUAUCGAUGACGAUCUCGUGGAAACGAGAUCAGAUGUGAGUCUGUCUUUCGACGAGGAGGAGCACACGGAUACUGGAGAAGGUUCAGAGGAAGAGGAGGACGAAGAUGAGCAAGAAGACGAGCUUAUCAACGGACUGUCAAUUCCUGGCCUUACCACUGGAAAUGCCACAGCUGCGGCCAAUAGCGCAGCAGAGGCCAGCGAAGGACUGGCAUUCACGUAUCCAUGCCCCGGUAGCCAUGAAGAAUUUCUCGAUAUCAUUGAAGAUGUGCCGAUGCAGGAUCUGCCCACUGUUGUUCAACGAAUCCGAGCCCUACACCACCCUCGUCUUCACAGUGACAACAAAACCAAGCUUGGUCGCUUUGCUGGCAUCCUGGUUCAACAUGUUGCAUACAUGGCUGAGCAGCCAGAUCACCCUUCUUUCGCCAUCAUUGAGAACAUCCUUCGUCAUAUUCACUCAAUGGCUAAGAGUCACCCGGAAAAUGUUUGCCAGGCAUACAGAGCCCAUCUGCGCGAAAUUGCGACUAGUCGUCCUCUUAACCUUCAUCCCGGCGAUUUAGUUAUCCUGACUGGCAUUGCGACAACCUUCCCAACCUCCGACCAUUUCCAUGCCAUCGCAACGCCCGCCCAUCUCUGUGUUGCCAGAUACCUUGGUCAGGGUUCUGUCAAUACUCUCACUGACUUCGCCACGGGCGCCUACGCAGCCAGUCUCUGCCUGCAAUACCAGGCUAUCUCCAAACGCUACAUGCCCGAGUUCAUCAACUACUCUCUCAACGUCCUCUGUCAUCUCAACCCCAAGGAGUACACCGAUACAUCCGCCCUGGGAUUCUUCCCCUCCCGCAGUCCAUCGACGUCUCUUCGUCUAAGACUUUCCUCCAAGCUCAUGUCGUCUCGCAAACUGCAAUUCUGGGACAUGACGGAUGAAACCGAAGACGAGGAGCAACUCAAACUCUCUAUUCUCACCACCAUCGUUAAUCUUCUUUCCACCGCCUCCGAUCUCUGGUCCGGCAAGUCCGCCUACACCGAGAUCUUCUCCCCCGUGGAGAAAGUCCUCACUCACGUCCUCCAAGCCCUCGAAACCACCACCACUAGUAAAAUCAAGGGCAAACCCAGCAAGAACCCUCUCCCCUCCUCGUUGUUGGACAACCUUAAUUUAACCAUCACCAAAAUCACUGCACAACUUACCCAAGCCCGUAACGCUCGUCGGCCCCUCCUCCUCCACAAUCACCGACCCCUCGCCAUCAAGACCGCCAUUCCCAAGUUCGAGGAGUCCUUCAACCCAGACAAACACUACGACCCCGAUCGCGAGCGUGCCGAAGCCAACCGCCUUAAGGCGGAAUACAAGCGUGAGCGCAAGGGUGCCAUGCGCGAGCUCCGCAAGGACGCCAACUUCAUUGCACGCGAGAAGCUACGUGAAAAGAAGGAGCGUGAUGCUGAGUACGAACGCAAGUACAAGCGACUUGUGGCGGAGGUGCAGAAUGAGGAGGGCAGGGAGGCUAAUGCUUAUGAGAGAGUUAAGAGGAUGCGGCAGGGCAAGCGAUGACCUUAGCCAUUGCAAUUCUCCCUCAGCUUAUACCGAUCUCGAAGUGUCUACUGCAGGUGGGUUAUGGGUGUGUGGGUGACUCUACGAAUCCCAGAUCUGCGUUUCAUAUAUCAUCCAGCAUCCCAUUUCAAGCUUGGGACGUGUGUAAUUGUGUAUAUAUCCGACAUUGUUAUAUCUACUAGAUAUCUUAGUCGACGGAG